AUGGGAAUACAGUAUAAAAACGAGAAGCAAUUGACUUGGAUUGGUCUGAGGAAACCCCUCGCAGCGAAUGGUACAUGGACAUGGACCGAUGGUUCUGUGGUCGACUACUUGAAGUGGGCUCCUGGAAAACCAGAGGAUAUCACUGGCCUUCAGGACUGUGCUCAGAUGUAUACGGACUCACUGGACAAGAAUCCCGAUAAGGAUAGUGAUUUCCGGCACUGGAAUGAUGUCCAGUGCUCUACAACAAUGCGCGUGCCUACGUCUGCAAGCAACGCUGCCGUCACUGAUUGUAGGGUGAGGACCGAAAUAAAUUUUUUCUGA